AUGGGUGAAGAUAAUGAAACUAUGAUCACAGAAUUCCUCCUCCUGGGUCUCUCUGGAAAGUCAGAGCAAGAAGAGGUUGUCUUUGGAAUGUUCUUGUGGAUGUACUUGGUCACCAUCUCUGGGAACCUUCUCAUCAUCCUGGCCAUCAGCUGUGACCCUCAUCUUCACACACCCAUGUACUUCUUCCUGGCCAACCUCUCCACUGUUGACAUCUGCUUUUCCUCAGUCACCAUCCCCAAGGCUCUGGUGAAUCACGUUUUGGGAAGCAAGUCCAUCUCUUACACGGAGUGUAUGGUCCAGAUCUAUUUCUUCAUCACAUUCAUCAACAUGGACGGCUUCCUGCUGAGUGUGAUGGCCUAUGACCGCUAUGUGGCCAUUUGUCACCCACUCCACUACACCCUGAUGAUGAGGCCCAGACUCUGUGUCCUCCUGGUGGUCAUAUCAUGGGUCAUCACAAACCUGCAUGCUCUCUUGCACACUCUGCUCAUGGUUCGGCUCACCUUCUGUUCCCACAAUGCAGUGCACCACUUCUUCUGUGACCCCUACCCUAUCCUGAAACUCUCUUGUGCUGACACCUUUAUCAACGACCUGAUGGUCUUCACCGUGGGAGGGGUGAUAUUCCUGACACCAUUUUCAUGCAUUGUUAUUUCCUAUGUUUACAUUUUCUCUAAUGUCCUGAAGAUGCCGUCUGCCCGUGGGAUCAAGAAAGCUCUAUCCACAUGCGGGUCUCACCUCACCGUGGUCUCUCUCUUCUAUGGUGCAAUCCUGGGGGUCUAUAUGCGUCCUUCAUCCUCGUAUUCACUACAGGACACGGUGGCCACUGUCAUCUUCACAGUGGUGACACCGCUGGUCAAUCCCUUCAUCUACAGCCUGAGGAAUCGUGACAUGAAAGGAGCCCUGAGGAAGACAAUUCUCAGAUGCUAA